UCCUGGUCACAGAGAUCCUCAAGAGAAAUCUGAUGGUUAUUUUCGUUAGCAGAAAGACAACUUGCCAACAAACUCACCAAGGAAGUGAAAGUUCGAACAGCAGAAUAAUCGCGAAAUGUGCCAAGAGCUAUUGUCACCCAGUGGGGGAGGGUGAUAUCGUAGUCAAAGACAGGAACUCCUGUUUGUUAUAAUCUUGUAAGAUUCAACUUACUUCUUAGUAAUUGACAUUAAAAUGAGAACUUGCUGAUCAUUCGAGCAAUAUACUUGUUGUAACGUGAGUCAAAAUGUAAAUUAACGCUUUUGCUGAAUUUAUCUCCUCCCCAGAGAAUGUUGUAGAAGUUCCCCCUGAUUUAGCAACGCGCAUAUCUUUUACUUUUAGUGUCUGACCAGUGUUUCGCGGGCGUCAUAGUGUUGUGAUCGUGAAAUGUGGAGUGAUCGAUAUGUUGGGUGAUGUACACGAGGGCCUGGAUUUACCUUCGGAAGUCGUUGAGUCUGCUAUUGUCCGGGGCAAAUAUGAGUUCUACCAUUACAAUGUGGAUGGAAUAGAUGACAGGGGUUGGGGUUGUGGCUACAGGACACUUCAGACCAUUUGUUCAUGGGUACGUCAUGUCUUGAAAAGUAAAAGAGAGGUUCCACUGGUACCAAGUCUUCGUGAGAUACAGCAGACUUUGGUGGAUAUCGGUGACAAGCCAAGCUCUUUCAUUGGCUCAAGGGAAUGGAUUGGUUCUGUGGAAGCUUGUCUUUAUAUGGAUGAAACGUUUGGAGUUUGUAGCAAAAUUGUCCAUGUCGCAAGAGGGGACUGUGCUGAACAAGAAGUGACAUUAGUUCUCCUGGAACAUUUUAAACACUUUGGCUCACCAGUCAUGAUAGGUGGAGAUAUGGAUGCUUCUUCCAAGACAUUAGUUGGUGUUUGCAGGACAAACAGAGGUUUUCACUUCUUGAUUGCAGAUCCACAUUUUUAUGGAAAAGCUGACAAAACACUCCUUCAAAAUGAUGGCUGGGUUAAGUGGAAGCACUUGGAGGAAGUUUUCAAGUCAGAUUCUUUCUAUAACUUCUGUCUACCACAAUUAAGGUCAGAAGAAAAGUGAUUUACCUUAUGAUCUGGAUCAUUCACAUUCUAGCUUGAGGCUCUUAGCUUGUGAUUAAUCAUUGUCAAUCUUGAAUGACAUUUUCUCAAGUUUACAGUACUGUUUCCAAAUACUAUAACUGCAUGGCAAUAAUAUGCAUGGUGACUAGCUUAUUUAUUAUUUAAGUGUUGGAACUAAGUGGGACAGCUAUGGUCAUGUCAAUUUUUGAAACAAUAGACUUCAAACUCAGUAUACUUUGUUCAUUAUGUGAAGCUUUGCUUCAUUUGAUAAUAAUUAUAUUUCCAUGAGCAAAACUAUCAAUAAGUCAGAUCCAGGUUUGUUGAGUAGGAAAUGGUGAGAAAAGUGCAUGCAAAUUUAAAUCUUGUUAAUUUAUAAAAAAAAUGUUUUAUAAUAAUAAAUAUAACAAAAACUGGAAUUAAGAAAAAGAUAAAAUGUGAAUGCUACAUUCUAUAAGUGUAUGUACGAUGUAAAUCUUGGCCUAAGGAGGUUACAAGUGGAUACAUUAAGUUGUCCAGUGUGUGUCAUGACUUUGAUGUUCAUAUAAAAACGUUAUUUAAAAUAUGCCUAUAUGGGAGUGCCUAUAUGGGAGUGGUUAAGUGAUCAUUUGGUCAAUGAUUGAUAGUCAACUUGGUCCGUGGUCAAUAUUUAAGGCUGCCCCAAAAGUUUAAAUCUGACAGGGGGUUACUAAUGCUCCCUUUUGUGACUCUUUCCUUACAAUUAUUUCACGGUCUAAAGUAUUGACAAAGAAACUCCAGCAGCAAUGACAAACAAAGUUGAUUUCUGAGCUUCAUAGCUGGGGCUGC